AUGGGUCGAACUGUAUUUAUUGAAACAGAUGUAGUAACAUCUCAAUUAAAUUCUCUUCCAACAAAUCGAUUUUGUUUUGGUUUUAUUUGCGGUCAAUGUACUAAAUCCGAACGUGAUUAUAUUCAUUAUACUAUUGAUGGUCUUACAUCAAAAUCAACUGAUAUUAAUUCAUUUUUUGAUUCAUCAUCAACAAAUAAAGAAUUAUGGGCAAAAAUUAUUGAAAUAACAUCAUCAUUAUGUGCUGGUGUAUCGAUUAUUGGUUUUUAUUGUCGUGCAAAAAAUGAUUUAUUAAAAUCAACUAAUUUUACAUUAAAAAUGAGACGUUUAUUUGAAAUUCUUCAAAGUGCAUUACGUCUAUAUUCAUCAUGGAGUUUAGAACAAUCAUCACAUAGAAUAUUAUUACAAUCAGAGUUAGGUAGUGGAGCAAAUAAAUGGUUAGUUAAAACAAUGGAUAUGAGUUCUGAUAGUGUUCAUUUUCGACCUGUUGACAUGAAAACUUAUGAUAGUAAAGGAAAUUCUACUUGGUGUAUGACAACAACGAUUCCAAUACAAUUUAAUUUAUGGCUUAAUUCAUUAACAAAUAAUGAUGAUAAUAAUAUUAAAUUAAUAGAAAAGCAAUUUGAACAACAAUGGAAACAAUAUACAGAUAGUCUUAAAGAAAGUCUUUUAUUAAUGGAUGAUCGUUUAUUACCAUUGGAUAAUUUAAAAUUAUCAUCAAAAACAAGUCAAAAUUCUGUUGAUAUUCAAUGGUUAUCAUCAAUUGAUUCAAUAGUAUCAAAUGAAUAUUCAAAUGAAAAUCGUAUUUGUUAUAAAUUUGAUGGUAGUGCUAGUCUUCGAUUUUUUACAUGCACUCUUAUUAAUAAUGAAUCCAAUAAUAAUGAAAAUAUUGUAAUAAAUAAAUUAAUUUUGCCUCGUCGUAUUUACAUUAAUCAACCUGUGUUUAUUUCUGCUUAUCAACUUAUUCAUGAACCAUUAUCAACCAUAAUUGAUUCAUUACAAGAAAACUUUAAAAUAACAUCAGUUAUGGAAGAAGAUUUAGAAGCUGCUGAAGAAUUUCCACCUGGAAUAACAAAUGAUGAAAGAUUAAAGCAAUUUAAUACAAAUAUAAAUAAAGAUAGUUAUCAAGAAACAUCUACAAAUCAAAGAAGCCUAUAUCAAAAUUUUGUUAGAAUGAUUGAGCAACAGUUUGGUACUGGAAAUACAAUACUAGUCGUUUUAAUCAUUACAAUACUUGUUUUAAUGAUUAGUAUUAUGAUAAAACUUUUUACGUAA